GAUGUUCAUAGUCUCAGUAUGAAGUUCUAGUGGGGUCAAAAGGGAGAUGAACGGAGAGCUCAUGGUCUGCGUCCAAGAAGAGAUGGUUAGCUCGAAGAGGGAUGGGGGAAUGGGGUUCCGGGACCUCAGGGGAUUCAAUGAGGCACUGCUUGCCAAACCACUCUGGAAUUUAAUGCAGAGACCCAAAUCAUUGAUUGCAAGGAUUCUAGAGGCAAAAUACCACAAGAGAACUUCUAUCUUGGAUGCAAAGCUCGGGUAUCAGCCGAGCUUUGUAUGGCGCAGCCUCCUCAGUGCGCAGAACCUCCUAACCAGCAACUUGCGUUAGAGAAUAGGUAACGGUUUGUAUGUUAAGAUUUGGGGGGAUUGAUGGAUACUGGGAGUGGAGAACCAGUUUGUUACUUCGGACCCGGUUGGUCUCCCGGUGGACUCAUACGUUUGGGAGUUAAUUGAUCACGAGACAAAUUCUUGGGAUGACACGCUGCUGGAGGCUUGUUUCCCGACGGUUGUGGCCAUGGCUAUUCGUCAGAUCCCCAUUCGGAAAACGAUGAAGUGGACAAGUUGAUAUGGCAUGAAAGUAAGACCGCUAUAUACACUGUCAGGGAUGGUUAUCAUAGGUGGCUCCGUAACUUCCAGCGGGAACACGGGGUGGAGCUAGUGGGAGAUACGAAAUUGUGGAAGAAGAUUUGGAGUCUAGGAGUUCAACCAAAAGUGCGUCAUUUCCUGUGGAAGUUUGCGAGUGAGAUCCUUCCAAUGGGGGAAGUGGUUAGUAACUAUAACCCAAGGCGGAGUGAUGCUUGUCCAUUUUGUAACCAGCGUGAGACUCAAGUCCACAUCUUCUCGGAAUGUCAGUGGUCGUCCCGUAUUUGGCGUAAGACUGAUGUUGCUUCCAUGUUCAGUGCUAGAGGCCCCGAUUCGUGUCAGAAGUGGUGCUCAAAAGUUAUGGAGAUGGGAGAUCAAGGAAAGAUAGAAGAAUGGUGUGUGCUGCUUUGGUAUCUCUGGAAGGAGAGAAACACUCAUCUGUUUAAUGGAGCUAAACUUCCCGAGGAGGAGAUCCCAAUUCGAGCUAAGUAUCUACUAGCGGAGUACAAACAACACCAAGCUUCGGACGACAACACCACUGUGCAGAUGGAACGCAAGCCGUGGAGGAAACCCCCGAUCGGCUGUAUUUUCGUGUGCACCAAUGCUGGGAUCUUAGAUGGUGAGGGGAGCUGGGUUUGGAGUGAUUGCAAGUUUCUUUUGGCUGCCGCGAAGAGAGUCAGAGGGUCUUGGUCUGCAGAAGUGGCUGAAGCUCUAGCAGCGGAUGUGUGAGUCCAGGUGGCCUUCCAGUUUCAUCUUACCAACGUAAUCCUUGAGCUGGAUUGCAUGAACCUGGUGCAUAAGCUCCGGUCAUCGGAGAUUGUACAGGAUGAAGUGGGAGUGAUUUGCCGAAGCAUUAGAAGAUAUAUGCAGGAGUUGGGCAAUAAUACUUGGCAUCCUAUUAAUAGAGAGGCUAAUGCAUUGGCACUCCUAGUCACUCAUGCGGAGGUUUGUUGGGAUGAGAGAAUGAUUUGGGUGGAUAAUCCGCCUAGUUUCCUUAAGGACCAGAUGCAGCUGGACAUUGUAACCAUGGUUUCUGAUUAAUAUAGCCGAACACAGAUUCCCAUAAAAAUAAAAAUAAAAAGAAACCUCGCUCAAACCAUAAACUUAGUCAUUUCUGCCAGGAAAUUAUCAUCAUAACAUGAUUUUAAUAUUUUAGGAGGGCCAUGGCCCCCUGCCGGAGCCACUGCGUUGAGUCAUUCUAAAGAGUAUAUUUAGCAAAAUUCCAUUUAAUAUACAUAUGAUCAUUUUCAUACUAUUAUAGACUUCUUUGCAUUUUUCUCGUUUAUUUGGUGCUUCACAUACUAGUGCAUAUAAAAUACAUAAUUUAAGAAAUUUGAUUGAUAAUUUAAUAAUUAUAACUUACAAAAUUUUAUUUAAUUUUAUAACCGAGGUCGAACUUCUUAACAUAAAAUUAAGUAUAAAAAUUAUUACGUAUUAAAGCCGCAACAUAUCAGUAUCAUAUAUAUUAUUAAUAUUAACUAUGCUAAAAGAGGGGUGAAUUACAAACAGCCAACCAUCACCAAAAAAAACUUUUCCAAAAACCACCAGCGAAUUAUUAAAACCAAACAUUUCAGUCCAUUCUUACGGUUCCACGACGGAGAGGUAAAUUAUUAAUGAUAGGGGAAGAUGAUGAUCAGAACGAGAGAAAAAAAAGGAUCGAUGCAUGCAUGAUAAACGCAGUCAAGCAGAGUACCGGGAUUCUGGAACUGGAGCCGGCGGGAAUCUGCCGGCGGCGGCGGCGACCGUGCUGCAAAAUACGGCGGGGUUCCACAUCUCUCUUCUACCAAACCGAGAUCUUUUCUCGUGCUAUAUAUGUUACUGCUCUUUUCCUCUCUGAUCAGCUCACCUCACGGUCACGGUACUCAAAGAAUCAACGUUUAAUUCUUAUAUAGCAGCAGAGGGAAUUCUCUUACCAGUUUCAGAAACUGUGGAAGGAGAGUGGAAAGAGAGAAAGUGGGGACGUAGGACAGGGAGGACAGGGACAGUGCGAGUAAUAAGUAAUAACAGAGAAGACGUUGACCUGAGAAGUUAUUGCAACCACUGGUCAAGACCAAACAAGAAAAGGGAUAACGUUGG